AUGGGGCACAUGGAAAAAAUACGCGAAGAAGAUUUCUCUGGGGCGGCACUCUACUUUUUGCCUCAUCACGCCGUCUUGAAGCCGGAUAGCACAACAACAAAGUUGCGGGUAGUAUUUGAUGCUACGUGCAAAACUUCGUCUGGUCUUUCGCUCAACGACGGGCUAAUGAUUGGCCCUGUGGUCCAGGACGACUUAAUCUCGAUUCAUGCUCAUUUCCGUCUGCACCGGAUCGGCAUUGUGGCCGAUGUUACAAAAAUGUAUCGGAUGAUCAAGAUGUGCCCACGUGAUCAAAAAUUGCAGCUGAUUUUGUGGAGGAACAGCACCGACGAACCUAUCGAAGUGUUUCAGCUCAUGACCGUUACGUACGGCACCGCUUCCGCUCCUUUUCUAGCUACACGUUGUAUGGUUCAGCUAGCAGAAGACGGAGAAGCUACACAUCCAGGUGCUGCGGAAAGAUUUUUACGUCGACGAUAUGAUCACUGGCGUCGACAACCCCGUGACAACCCCCGACAACUCUAA